CUAAUUACACCAUUCGGGUGGAACUUUAUUUUCGAGUAAACAUAAAUAUAAGUGGGGAAAAAAGAAUCAUUAGCUCAGCGGAAGGCUACUUUUUUUUUACUAUAACACAUUAAUGUCCAUACCUAACUUUGACAAGAUUAAUUUUGUUUUCUAUACCAAUAUGACUCUACGUGGUCCAAAAUCCUAUCUGCCACCUCAAAAAAUAAAUUCAGGACCCAACAAAAGGAGUAAAGAAACUCGAAACGUUAGAGGUUCCAUUUUCUUCUACUUCCGCUCUAAUUUUUUAUAUAUAAAUACACCAAUUUGAAGAGCCCUUUUGAACCAUUUCUCAUCAAUUUCCCAGUCUAUAAUUCCUUAUUAGCAUUAAAAUUAAUUAAUCCGACGUUGUCUUACGUUUGAUCAAUGGCAACAAUUAAUGCAUCAUCAGAAACAUUAGUAAAAGUAGAAGAGGAACAUCCAUAUCAUGGAGACAUACUAGAAGAAAUACUAUCGCACGUCCCGCUGAUCGACUUGAUUCCGGCGUUGCAAGUGUCAAAGUCAUGGAACCAGGCCGUGUAUUCCUCCCUGAGAAGCUGCCGGAAUCCGCCCAAACCGUGGCUGAUUCUCCACACCCAGUCCGCUCGCUACCCCUACGCCGCCGUCUCCACCCACGCGUACGACCCCCGUUCACGGCUGUGGAUGAAGAUAUCUCAGCCGUCCACGGAGAACCCAUCUCCCCUCCGAUCAUCCAAUUCCAACUUUCUCUAUAUGUACCCGCCUUCUAUUAAUCUCUCCUUCUCGGUUGACCCGUUGAAUCUGACGUGGCACCGAGCGGGGUCCCCGACAAUCUGCCGGCUGGACCCCAUCGUGGCCAAACUCGGCGGCUCAAUCAUCGUCGCAGGCGGCGCGUAUUUCUUCGAAGACGACCCGUUGGCGGUCGAGAUUUACGAUACCAACAGCCGGGAAUGGCGGAAAACCGAAUCGAUGCCGGAGGAUUUGAUGGGCUCGUCGUCUUCAACCUGGCUUUCCGUGGCUGCUACGGAUGAAAAACUCUACGUCAUGAAGAAACAUUCCGGUGAAUUCCACUGUUUCGACUUACAAUCCAACUCCUGGUCUUCGCCGGGCAAUCUUCGACCCGACCCACGUUGCUUUUACUCGGUCAUUGGACACAUGUUGGAAGAUGACCGUCUGAUUUUGGUGGGAUUAAUCCGGGACGUUGAUGAGAAGGUUGAAAAGGUGAAGAUAUGGGAAGCGGUUAAUUGUGAUCGGAGCUUUGGGUACUCCUUCAGAGAAAUAGGGGAAAUGCCUCCGGGGCUUUUGGAGAAGUUAAAAGGCGAGAGUUCUAGAGUUUGUUCCAUAGAUAUAUGUACCGGAGGGAGCUUUGUGUAUAUCUAUAAGCCGGAGGAUGUGGCGGGGAUAGUGGUGUGUGAGCUUGUGAAUGGCGGCGCGUGCUAUUGGGGUAGCGUGGGAAACCCGGUGGCUGACCGUGGCGGUGCUUGGGUUGUGUUGACCUGUGCGGAGGUCAAACUGGAGGAGCUACGGCGAGGUUUGAAGCUCAACGGUUGCAAGUUCGAGUACGUCAACGUUUGAUUUUCCCGGUCAACUGCAUAAUGAUAUGAUGUAAUUUCCUGUUCUCUCCUUUUCAUUUUUUUUUGGGUUGUGUUUGGGCGUGUAACUCUCCGUAUGAGUGUUUUUCAACUUUUUAAUACGCAAAUAAGAAUAAAGGUGACACUGUCUCCUUUCUCUUCUACCGUCUCAUAUAAAAUACAAGAUACUCGGAUCUGACAUCGACAAGCCGUAGAAUCAUAACCAUCUUUUCAUUUUGUCUAUUUUCACUAGAUAAAUUGUCGAAGUAUGUGGGAUUUAGGAGUAAAUUGCAUUACCAUUUUAUUUUACGUUCUAUAAUAGGACUCUAGCUGCUCUCUAUAUAUUGAUGAUAAUGAUUAUUAAUUAAAA